AUGGGUGGUUACCUGGGGCGGGCUCGCCCUCACUGUUUGUUCCUGACUGUGUCCACUGGGGACCUCCAGAAGAGGCCCUUGCCGCCGGUCCACAGUGUUUCCCGGUCUCUCCGGGCUAAUUCCAUGGACCGGUGUCUGAACAUGGCUGACAGCCUACCUUUUGAAGAUGAUGAGGCUUUAGCCGAUUCCCAGGAGCACCCUGGGCGCGUGAUGGUUGUCCACACGCAGCGAUAUUUAGUGGAGAAGGUUCGGGACUUACUCAUCAGAGUCUUUUCCUCAAUGUUCUUGUGUAGUCAGCACAACUCAGUGCCGAUGCUGUCAGAUUCCAGGAUGUUCCGAGGCUCCGUGAUCCUGAAGGCGGUCUCUACUAAGGGCAGAGCCAUACUCUGUUUUGUUCUGGGGCAGCCGAUCCUGAAUUUGUGGUCAUUUCUCACUGGCUACCUCUCGACUCAAUUUAGUGCUCUCCAAGUGAGCAGCAAAAGCAAAAGAGUGCAACAAAAGAAAAAGAAAAACUCCAAUACCUUGAGAAAAGGUGGAGAAGGAUUUGUCGAGCAGGAGGAAGGCUCCCCAGUCAUAAAGAGGCCUUCUGAUCAGGGAACGGACUCUGAUGGUGGUGUGAGUGCCCAAUCUGCAUUUAGACGCCUGAUUGUCAAUGAUGUACUCUCUUCUUUUAUACCUAGACCAGGUCCUUUAGGUUUGGAUAUCUGUUCCAAGAAUUCAGCAAAGAGCUGUAUUAAAGAAUCUCAGAUCGCAUUCAAGAGCGCAUACAAACGGAAUGCCAUCGCCAGCUCCUAUAGUUCCACUCUAGCACAAUGGCCACCCGAGAGAGCGCUACGGCAGGAGCUGCUACACAACCUACCCGAGGUGCUGCCCCCGGUUCUGCUUCACAUGCUGCCGCAGGUGCUACCCGAGGUGCAGCCUCAGAUGCUGCUGCAGGUGAAACCCACGGUGCUGUCCCUGGUGCUGCUUCAGGGGAUGCCCCAGAUGCUGCUGCAGGUGCUACCCGAGGUGCUGCUCCAGAUGCUGCUGCAGGUGCUAGCCGAGGUGCUGCCCGAGAUGCUGCUUCAGGUGCUACCCGAGGUGCUGCGCCAGAUGCUGCUGCAGGUGUUACCCGAGGUGCUGUCCCUGGUGCUGUUUCAGGGACUGCUACAGGAGCUGCUGCACAACCUACUGGAGGUGCUGCCCCAGGGGCUGCCCCAGAUGCUGAUGUAUACACUACCCGAGCUGCUUCAGGGGCUGCUGCAGAUGCUGCUUCAGGUGCUGCUGCAGAUGCUGAUGCUGACCUAG